CGUUACAGGUCUUUGCAUCGAGAAGUUACCAGAAGGCAUCUUUCUCGGUUUCAGGUCGAUCUGCCUGUGUACGCGGUGAAGAAGUGAAUAGUGCCAUCAGUUGAAAUAAUGGUAUUUGGUACAACAGUGAGAAUAAGGAUUGGGUACGUGUCGCUGGCCGAUAGUACUCAUUGUACCCUGUCAAAGGGCUUCGACCAUCCUCGCUCCGUAAAUCCGUAACUUCAACCGUACAGUCCGCACAACUACCACCGUCGCAUCACCAUCCCCAUAACAGUAAUCGUUCAGCACAUACGGAGCAUUCCAGCACAACAGCAGUAACAACAUCAACUGCGAAUUCAGCACCUCAUCAUCAACAACCCCCGCACUGUUACCAGCAUUCGCAGCAUCCACAUCAACCUCAUCUUCAACCACACCACCACCACCAUCAUCAUCAAACAUCAACAAUGGGUAAACGUGAAAUUAAACGAGGAACGUUAACCAAGGCUUCGGAUUCUGGAGCUACAACCAAUCUAGUUGGAAAGUUCACCCAAAGUGUUCGCCGUAUCGUUCAAGAUGUUAAGGACGAAGGAGCCCCAAGUGGCAUGAGUCGUGAAGAGGUUAUCGAAACGAAUGAACGUCUGAGGGCACUUCGGUUACGCCUUGAGGAGUCAUACGAUACCGCGAAGAAAGCUCUAGUGACACUAAUGAAUAAAUAUGGCGAUUCGAAGAGUCAACGGAAUAUAUUUAAUCGUUACCCCAUGCUGAAGGUUAUGAUUAAGGAGGUUAUCCGCUUAGAAACCCAAUAUUGGACCCUAAUCGACAUUCCAAAACAGGAAAAGCAAGAAACCGUGCCAUCAUACGUUAUGAGAGCUUGUUCGAUCAUGGAAAAAACUCAAAAAUCAGGCGAAGGAGUGAAAACAUCCGCAAAACUUGCUGAAGAAGCUGCUGAACGAAGGGAACGAAUGGAACGAUUAGAAACUAUGACGACCGCACAAAUUGAACAGGAAAAUACUCAGAUGAUAAACGACUUGUAUCGACUGCUUAAAAAAUACUUAGGACUAAGACAUUUAAUUCGAGAACUAAAGGACGAAUAUGGCAAUUCCAAAUUAUAUCCAAUAUUUCCACGUUAUACAAUGCUUAAAGACAUGAUCAAAGGAAUAAUGCACGAUCCGGAUUAUAUGGAAGUUUGUCACGAAGUUAACAAUUGAAAGUAAAUCGUGUACAUUUCAUCUAUUUUUACUUAGAGGCGAUUUCUCUCCGUUUUCUAGAAAAUCAAAUACAAUUUUAUACAAACUUUUUUUCACACACUUGCCACGACAUUCCGAUAACUAAAUGCUUUCAACACAUUAUUCCUAAACUUAGAGAAUGAAAAUUGAAAUAAUAUCAACCUGUGAGCUUUAAAACUUUCUAAAUAAAAUAAACAAUAAAAAUAUGUAUCUUCCUACGACCUAUUCUGAUCUGAAAUUUUAGUUUUUGCUCCUGCCUCAUUUUAGUAAAAAUAUAUCAAAUGUACGCGCGAUAAGUAGCUUAUAAAAUUCCAUGAAUGUCCCGUUCAUCCACAUAACCCCAUUUGAAUAAAUUGACAAUUUUAUAAAGAAGCGAAAAAGAAUUUAAAGCCGGUAUAGGCUGAUAACGCUUAAAAUUGACCUUGACUUGAAGUAAAUUUAUAAAACGAUAUAAAUUCACUUCAAUAAUACAAAUUUUAUAGUUUUUGAAAGAAAAAGUUUGGAAGUAAAUGAAGUUUAUACGUUACUUUCCCAGAGUAGUGAGCUCUCCAGUAAACAAAGGCAGUAAAAAGAUCCGCUGCUCAGAUAGCAACUAUAUCAAUUAUAAAUAAAAUUUGCUAACUUCUUAUACGCAUUUCAGACUUAAGAUAAUUCCUGCAUUAUUUAAUCUCCCCUCGCUGUAAAUUUCGAAUCAUAAGAUUUCUAAGCUCUACACUUAAUUUGAAUAACAAACAUGAAAAUUAAGAACUCCAAAUAAAAGAUCAGCUCCAAACCGCAUUACAAGUACUUAUGUAAAAUGGAUGGACCUCAAUUACUCUCUAUUUACAUGGAAGUAGCGUAUAAAUGACCGCUUAAGUUUACUAAAAUACAAUACUUUGUAGGUCUUUCGUAAAAAUGUAGUUAGUAAAUAUUAUGCAACUGAAAACAAGCUCUGUUUAUUUUGCAUGAAUCUAAUUUGAAAUUACAUAAAAGAUAAAGAUACCAUGGAAAUUAUUUUUCACAAAAGAUAAUAAGUCAAACUAAGAUAAAAAUGUUAAAUUUAGUGAAAAAUAUUAGGAGUAAUCACGAUGCUUACUAGAGUGUUAAUUUGUUGAAACGUUUUUGAAAAAACUCAGUAGAACAAUGGAUACAACCUAGUAAAGAUACAUUAACCCAUGUUCGUUCAAUACCUUCUAUUCUGGAGAGUUGCGCAACAAAGUGGAGAAAUAAGGUAAAUAUUAAAAUACUAACGGAGCAGUAAAGUCCUCGUUAUUGGUUAAUAUUCUUGAUGUCGG